GCAAGCCCCCAUGCCUCCCGGCAGAAAGAAGCGUCGGGUUCCGCCCAAAAUUUCCGGCGCCGCCAAGCGGAUCCGCAAAGAUGAUCCGCCAGACGACGGCGCCAAACAAGAUGAUCGUCCCCCCUCAAAGAAGCACACAAAGGGCAAGCAGGUAUCAAGGAACGAGGAUGAGGAGGUAUCCGGGAACGAGGAUGAGGAGGUAUCCGGGAACGAGGAUGGGGAGGUAUCCAGGAACGAGGAUGAGGAAUACAAGGAUGAUGGUGGAAACCAGGAUGAAGACGAUGAUGGUGGACACCGAGAUGAAGAUAAGGUAUCCAAUCUUUUUCGCUGCUGCCGCAUUUCCAGAAUUAGUGAUUUUACCAUCAUGUCUUUGAUAUUUUACCAGCAUUGGCUUGGAGAUUUUACUAGCAUGGCAUAGAGAUUUUACCAGACUUGCUUGCUACAGCAUUGGUCCUUGACAAUUUUCUCAUAAA